AGACUCGGUCCCCUUCCAGACUUCGCCAGCAGCGCCGCGCCCCCCACCCUUCUUUCCCCCGGAGAAAAAAACAAGCCAAAGCUCCUCGUCUUUCAGGCGCAGCAGAGAGGGGGAGCAGAGGGAGGCGAAGGUGCAGAGCGGCAGACGGCGAAGGUGGGAACGAAGAGCGGGCCUGCGACCGAGGCGGCCCCGCGGCUCCGAUCACCCCCGCCUUCUCCUGUUGCUUUAAGUACUGGCUUGAGCUACCAUGAGUACCCAAGCUAAAGACAAAUGUCCACUUUGCAUGGAGACCAUGGAUUUGACAGAUAAACAGCUGAAACCUUGUAAAUGCGGAUAUGAGAUAUGUCUUUGGUGCUGGCAUCAUAUAAUGGAAAUGGACCAGAAGGACGAGUGUGGCGGGAGGUGCCCUGGAUGCCGUUCUAUCUACAACAAGGAUAGGAUUUUGGGGACUAGCAUCAGCAACCAAAUACUAAAGGAACUUUGUGCUGACAAAUCAAAUUUGCAACAUGAACAAAUGAAGCUUCAAAAGCAGAAAUCGGCAACGAAUCAGUUGAGAGUGGCAGAAGAACCAAUAGAUCAUCCAGAUAAUGUUCGUGUGAUUCAGAGGAAGCUUGUGUACAUUAUCGGGAUGCCUUCUGAGUUUGCCAGUGAAAAGAUUCUAAGGCAAAAGAAUUUUCUUGGACAAUAUGGAAAAAUAGAGAACAUCAUUAUCGACAACAUUGGAGCUAACCAACAGAUUCCUGACUCUGGCCGUGUAUAUGUCACAUAUUCGAGAGAAGAAGAAGCUGUACUGUGCAUAGAGGCGGUUAAUGGUUUCAUCUUGGAUGGCAGACCUUUAAAGGCAACCUUUGGCGUUACAAGAUAUUGUCAUAUAUGGCUAAGCAAUAAGGUUUGCCAAAAGCCAAAUUGUUCAUAUGUGCACCAGAAAGCCCUACCAGAAGAUGUUUGUACCAAAGAUGAUGUUGGUGUGUUUUGCGCAAGGAUUCAGCAUUUUCUGGGAAUGAAUAUGAAGGGCCCCCAGCAGCGUUCAGGAGUUACUUUACCUUCUCCAGGUGGCUGCAAUUCAAGAACUACCAUGUGUAGUGGGAAUUCCAAAGAUAAAAUUUGCAUCAAUGAUGUAGUAGUACCCAGAGUUUGCAAUAAUAACCCUGGUACCCUGCCAGCAGCAAUUCCACGGGAUUCAGGCAAGCCGGCAUCCAUUGUAAAUACAGCUCUUCAUCAGCAGAGUAAUCAUGAGGGCGUACUUGGUCAGCAAAAACAGGUUGCCUCCAAAUCUCAAGAAUUACCACCACUUAGACCAAAGGACCAGUUGGCUUCUAGCGAUGACAAAUCCAAUACAUCUGUGCAUUUGGGAAAUGGAAUUUCAGAUUCCAAGAAAGUGGCCUCAGAAGUAAAUGGGACAGUUGAAACUUCAUGGAGGAAACCACAGUAUGCUAAUAUAGUUUCACAAGGAUCUAGCGGACCAGCUCGCCGCUUGACUGUGCUUACCAGGGAGUUGACAUCUACUGAUACAAGGUCUAAAGUUACAGGACAAGUAGGUAACUGGAUAUCAUCUAAAGCUGCAGGACAAGCAUGCAGUUCAAUAUCAUCUACUGUUACAAGGUCUAAAGCUGCAGGACAAGUAGUUAGUUCGGUAUUAUCUACUGAUACAAGGUCUAAAGCUGCAGGACAAGCAUGCAGUUGGACAUCAUCUACUGAUACAAGGUCUAAAGCUGCAGGACAAGUAGUUAGUUCGAUAUCAUCUACUGAUACAAGGCCUAAAGCUGCAGGACAAGUAGUUAGUUGGACAUCUACUGAUACAAGGUCUAAAGCUGCAGGACAAGUAGUUAGUUCGAUAUCAUCUACUGAUGCAAGGUCUAAAACUGCAGGACAAGUAGUUAGUUUGACAUCAUCUACUGAUACAAGGCCUAAAGCUACAGGAGUUACUUGGAUUUCAAAUUCCAAGAGACUUGGUUUGCCAAAAGAUGAAGGCAAUGACAGAACUGCAAUUCCCAGAUACCAGGCUGUAAAGGGAGUUUCCCAGAGACCAGAGGAACCUUCCCAUAGGUUAACUAGCCAGCUUUCCUCAGCAGUUGUUAAACCUCAUGUUAUAGCAGAGGAGAAGAAUGCAUGCUCAGAUACCAGGGAUAAUCCAGUCCAAGAAAAGCACAUGCAGGCUAUGGUGAGCACUGUAUCAGCCAGUGCAACUGCAUUGGAGAGUUCGAGCGUCAUUCCUACUGUGCUCCGUAAUCUUUCAAGUUCUAAUAGUGUGUCACAGACAUCAGCUGCGCCAGAUAAGCUUUCAAAUUUGCACAGAAAGUUGGCAUCUGAAAAUGAAUCUCAGAUCUUGCAUCAACAAAAGGCAGCUCUUUCAAAUAAAGCUGUAGCAAGUGGUAGCAUUCUCGGCAAUCAAGUUGUGUGCACUGAUGGCAAACAUCAACCUUCACCACAGGGAGGGGAUCACAGCUUGUGCAAUGGGGAAAUGACCUUGUUAGGAGCUAAAAUUCCAUCUGAGCAUGCAGAAAAGAUUCGGCUACCAAGACCAGUCAGUGAUAUAUUGGCCAGGGAUAGUCAAGGAAGAAAGAGACUAGUUUGCCCACCUGGAUUCAGCAAGCUUCACAAGUCUUCUGAUUCAGGCAAGUCUGUAUCAAUGAGCUCCUCAACUUGCUCUGCACUGCGCUCUACAUCCGAUGCCCCGGCACAAGAUUCAUGCUCUGUUACAGACCAACCAGACAUCAUUAGCUGGGUCUCAGAGUGCCUGGAAGAUGAUGGAGACCACAAACAAAGUAGUAGUGUGAGCAUAUCUUCCACACUCAGCUCCACUGAUACCAUAUGGAGACCCACACAGACUCAUGGCCCCAGUUUCGGUGCAUCAAAUCACUGUCAGUUACCUCCAUACCCUGGUGGCUUGCCCCAGCCCAUGGGUGGGGAUCAAAACCCCAUGAGAUGCUGCUGCACUUUUCCGUCCGUAAGCAAUAUACCAAAUCAGAUGCCUGAAUAUUGGAAUGGAGGUGCCAAUAGCUACAUGGCCCCUGGUGGGUAUGAUACAUUCUACCAAAACUGGACCAAUGGAAGCGCAGAUCCAGGCCUGAACAGUGCACAGGUUGACCUUUCAUACUCCAUGUACACCCUGUUCUGAUUAACAGAGCUGUGUUGCAACCCUAACAAUACAGACGCACCAGUCAUGCAUACAUGCUAACCUAGCCCGCAGAAGGGGUGGAUGUCGGCGACAUGGGGGUCGCCAGUGCAAGUGUUCGUGCUGAAGCUUAAGCUUGUAAAGAUGAAACGUGAAACUUAUUGUAAAACGGUUAUGUUGGAUGGUACCUUUGGCGCAAAUUUGCCGAAUAGCCGUCAUUGGAUCUGUACUCUUGUAGUGUGGCCGAUGUUUUACUGCUGUUCUGUGCUGGACCAUGAGUUACUUGGCCUUGCUUCUUUUUGGUUGCUCCACGAUGUUAGCACAAGGCCAGGACACAACA